GGUAGAGUAAGCAGACACCUCAACCCAGAAAGCAGGAAGAGGAGGGGGAAUAACCCAGCAUAAAUGUAUGAUAUUCACUGAAAAAAUAAAAAGUUCUAUAAGAAGAAAGAAAAUACAAAGCUGCAAAGGAAAAAAAUCAUUCUGUCUUCUCCAAUUUCCAAGGAAGUAUGGGACAACACUUCACUAAUGAGGACGGGGAACAAACUGAGAUUGAUGUAGCUGAACUGCAAGAAUGGUAUAAAAAGUUUGUUGUGGAGUGUCCAAGUGGAACACUCUUCAUGCAUGAAUUCAAACGCUUCUUUGGAGUACAGAACGAUCAGGAAGCUGAGAAGUAUGUGGAGAACAUGUUCAGAGCUUUUGAUAAGAAUGGGGAUAACACCAUUGACUUCCUAGAAUAUGUGGCUGCCUUGAAUCUUGUUUUGCGGGGAAAGCUGGAACACAAACUAAAAUGGACCUUCAAAGUAUAUGAUAAAGAUGGGAAUGGUUGCAUAGACAAACCUGAACUUUUAGAAAUAGUUGAAGCUAUUUACAAACUAAAACGAAUAUGCCAGCCUGAAGAAGAAACAGGGGCCCCCGGUCUCACUCCAGAGGAAGUUGUAGACAGGAUAUUUCAGUUAGUGGAUGAAAAUGGAGAUGGGCAGUUGUCUCUGGAUGAAUUUGUUGACGGAGCACGGAGAGACAAGUGGGUGAUGAAGAUGUUGCAUAUGGAUAUGAAUCCCGGAGGAUGGAUUGUUGCACAGAGGAGGAGUUCACAGUAAUUGCCUGCAUAACUUGGGAAGUGUGACAAUGAAUAGGUUCUGAAUAUUUCACUUCCAGAUGUUACCAUCAGGUUAUCACAUCCUUUCAUGCUAGAACCAUGGGAAUAUCCAAAAGAAUACUUAACGCAGUGCUGAGAAACUAAGCAUCUGUAUCUUAAACAUGCUUGCUGAAAGAAACAUCUGAAGACCACUGUUGACCAACCAGGCUGAAGAACGUAUGAAUACUUGCUGCGCAGUUUAUUGGCUCACAUUUCUGGUUGCAUCCUGCACAAUUAAGUGUGAUGUCUUAACCUGAAAGCUUAGUGGCAUUUGAUAUGGCCGGGACACACAAAGUGACUGCUGAGUGAGUCAUCCUGCUUUCUUUGUAGAUCAGUGUGUGCUGUUUCAUGCCAGAGGAGGCAUAAGUUUGCUGAUAAAAAUCAGGUGCUUUUGUAACCAA